UUACUGGCUAACUGUCACACAGAGUCAGAAGAAACCCCGGAGGACUGCCUACAAGAAGUGCACACCAUCUGAAAGAUUGGAAUCAACAUGUUUGCCAGUCUCGCUACAGGCAGCAGCUCCGCUGGGUUCACCACUGCACCACCUCCCAGCACAAGUGUCAGUGUGGAUGCUGCUGACAUUGCUGUGGUUGUCGUCUACUUUAUUUUUGUCAUGGCGGUUGGAAUCUGGGCAUCAGCACGAGCCAGUCGCAGUACUGUGAGCGGGUACUUUUUGGCUGGCCGUUCAAUGACUUGGUGGCCUAUUGGAGCCUCUCUGAUGUCCAGUAAUGUUGGCAGUGGUUUGUUUAUUGGUCUAGCAGGAACAGGGGCAGCUGGAGGCAUCGCUGUUGGGGGAUUUGAAUGGAAUGCAGCAUGGGUCCUGGUGGCUCUGGGUUGGAUCUUUAUCCCUGUCUAUAUCUCUGCUGAUGUGGUGACCAUGCCUGAAUACCUGGCAAAACGGUUUGGAGGCCAGAGGAUACGUAUAUACAUGUCUGUUUUGUCACUCAUCCUCUACAUCUUCACCAAAAUAUCUACAGAUAUAUUUUCAGGGGCAAUGUUUAUCCAGGUGGCGUUGGGCUGGGAUCUCUACCUGUCCACAGGCAUACUGCUACUGGUCACUGCUGCUUAUACUGUGGCGGGUGGUUUGGCAGCGGUGAUUUACACUGAUGCGCUUCAGACUGUGAUCAUGGUUGGGGGAGCAUUUACACUAAUGUUCAUAGCAUUCUCCAAAGUUGGCUGGUAUGAGGGCCUUGAGGGCAGUUACAUGUCAGCUGUUCCAUCGGUGACGGUUGAAAACACCACCUGCCACCUGCCUCGUAGCGAUGCCUUCCACCUGUUCAGAGACCCUGUGUCAGGGGAUUUACCCUGGCCAGGCCUGGUGUUUGGGCUCACUGUACUGGCUACAUGGGUCUGGUGCACGGAUCAGGUUAUAGUCCAGAGAUCUCUGUCAGCCAAGUCUUUGUCUCAUGCCAAAGCGGGUAGUGUGUUAGGAGGCUACCUCAAAGUGCUGCCAAUGUUCUUCAUAGUCAUGCCAGGCAUGAUCAGCCGAACACUGUUCCCAGAUGAGGUAGGUUGUGUAGAUCCAGCAGUGUGUCAGAGUGUAUGUGGAGCAUCAGUUGGUUGCUCCAACAUCGCCUACCCUAAACUAGUGGUGGAGCUAAUGCCUGUAGGUCUUCGUGGUCUGAUGCUAGCAGUGAUGUUAGCUGCUCUGAUGUCAUCUUUGACCUCUAUUUUUAAUAGCAGCUCUACUCUGUUUACACUGGACCUCUACCACAGAGCCAGGCCUCAAGCUUCAGAGAGGGAGCUCAUGAUAGUUGGAAGGGUGUUUAUCCUGGUCUUGGUUUGUGUUAGUCUGCUGUGGAUUCCAGUCAUUCAAACAGCCAAUAGUGGACAGCUGUUUGAUUAUAUUCAGUCAGUCACCAGCUUUCUAGCUCCGCCAAUUACUGCUAUAUUCCUAAUGGCUAUCUUCUGGCCACGUGCCAACGAGCAGGGUGCAUUCUGGGGUCUGAUGAUCGGACUAGUGGUGGGACUGGUUCGUAUGGUUCUGGAGUUCUCCUACACAGCUCCGUCCUGUGGCCAGCCCGAUCACCGGCCUGCAGUUCUGGCUGAUGUUCACUACCUGUACUUUGCUCUCAUCCUAUUGGCUCUCACCUGCCUUGUUGUUGUCGCUGUCAGCUUGGCCACUGCUCCAAUACCUAAAGAACAUCUGUACAGGCUGACCUGGUGGUCCAGAUACAGCCAGGAGCCUCGGAUCGACCUCAUAGCUCCCCAGAUGACCUCUGACCUAUUGAACUCUGACCCCAGCCCGGACCCUGACCACCUGCCAGAAUCGUGGUGGCGGAGGACUGCUCUGUGGCUCUGUGGGCUGACUGGUCGAAGCUCUGCCUCUGUAUCUCCAGUGAUUGAAAACAGCGAACUGAACUCCCUGCAGGAGAAGCCCAUCUGGAGAAGAGUCUGCAAUGUGAACGCUCUGCUACUACUGGCUGUUAAUGUGUUUCUCUGGGGAUAUUUUGCCUAAAUUUUUGUUUUCAGUAUGGUAAGAUUGAUGUACUGGACUGGUAUUUGGUCCUUUUUUUGAUUAAAUUAAAUGCUUAGGCUGAACAGUCAGGUGCUGUACUGGAUCUGUCAUUUACGCCACAACAGACUGUUCAUUUAGAGGUGUCAUAAGAGGAGAGACAUACUGUAUUAUCAUAAUGAUUAUGGCACACAUUUAACCACUGAAGCUCCACCAUUUACCUAAAAUGUCACUUAUUAAACCAGGGAUGUGCAACUUA